GUCGGGCAGGUGUCGCUUUGCGGCUGUCGUUGCGGCAGAUUUCAUCAUGCAGUGAGGUGUGUGAUGCUCGUACUGAUCCCUCCCCGCCCUGCUGUCUCUGCGACAUCUGCCCGGCUCCCUGUGUCAGCUCACCCGGCACACCCCGAGCUCCAGCCCGGAUCCCCAGAGUGUCCCCUCACCCGGCGCCCCCCGGAGCCCGCCCCGCCAUGGAGCUGAAUGUGGAGGAGACGCUGGCGCCCCUCAGGCUGGCGGUGAAAGAGCAGGGUGACCUUGUCAGGAAGCUGAAGGAGGAGAAGGUUCCUCAGGUGGAUGUGGACCGGGCAGUGGCAGAACUGAAGGCCAGAAAAAGAACCCUGGAGGCCAAGGAAUUAUCUCUGCAACCCAAAGAUGACAUUGUGGACCGAACCAAGAUGGAGGACACUCUAAAGAGACGUUUCUUUUACGAUCAGGCCUUUGCUAUAUACGGAGGGGUCAGCGGUCUCUAUGACUUCGGACCGGUCGGCUGCGCUUUAAAGAACAACAUCAUCCAGACGUGGAGGCAGCACUUCAUCCAAGAGGAGCAGAUCCUGGAGAUCGACUGCACUAUGCUCACCCCGGAGCCCGUCCUCAAGACGUCCGGACAUGUUGAAAAGUUUGCAGAUUUCAUGGUUAAAGACGUCAAGAACGGAGAGUGCUUUCGGGCCGACCAUCUUCUUAAAGCUCAUCUUCAGAAGUUGAUGUCUGACAAGAAGUGCACAGCUGAGAAGAAAGCGGAGAUGGAAAGCGUCCUGACACAGAUGGACAAUUACGGGCAACAAGAACUCGCCGAUCUCUUCGUAAAAUACAACGUGAAAUCUCCCAUCACGCUCAACGAUCUAUCGCCUCCGGUGUCUUUCAAUCUCAUGUUCCAAACGUCCAUCGGCCCCGGUGGCAACAUGACAGGGUAUCUGAGACCAGAAACUGCACAAGGAAUCUUCCUCAACUUCAAGCGUCUCUUAGAAUUUAAUCAGGGAAAACUGCCAUUCGCUGCUGCUCAGAUAGGGAACUCCUUCAGGAAUGAGAUCUCCCCCCGCUCCGGACUCAUCAGAGUGCGGGAAUUCACAAUGGCAGAAAUAGAGCACUUUGUGGACCCCAGUGAGAAGAAUCACCCCAAAUUUGGGAAUGUGGCGGACUUGAACAUCCUCUUGUAUUCCUCCAAAGCUCAGCUUAGCGGGGAGUCUGCAAAGAAAAUGAGGCUCGGGGACGCUGUGGAGCAGGGCGUCAUUAAUAACUCUGUCCUUGGAUACUUCAUCGGAAGGAUCUAUCUGUACCUCACUAAAGUUGGAGUCUCUCCAGAAAAGCUCAGAUUCCGGCAGCACAUGGAGAACGAGAUGGCGCACUAUGCCUGCGACUGCUGGGACGCCGAAACUAAAACCUCCUAUGGAUGGAUAGAAAUAGUUGGCUGCGCUGAUCGUUCCUGUUACGAUCUUUCUUGUCACGCUAGAGCUACAAAAGUGCCGCUUGUCGCGGAGAAACCACUUAAAGAACCCAAAACCAUAAAUGUCGUCCAGUUUGAGGCCAAUAAGGGAGCAAUCGGCAAAGCGUACAAGAAAGACGCUAAGCUGGUAAUGGAGUAUCUCGCCAUCUGUGACGCCCGCUACGUCUCAGAGAUGGAGAAGCUUCUGGAAGAAAAAGGGGAAUUCACUAUUGAAACAGAAGGGAAAACUUUUAACCUGACGAAGGAAAUGGUCAGCGUGAAGAAAUUUCAGAAAACGAUACAUGUGGAGGAAAUUGUGCCAAAUGUAAUUGAGCCCUCAUUUGGUCUGGGGAGAAUCAUGUACAGCGUUUUCGAGCACACAUUCCAGGUCCGACAAGGGGACGAGCAGAGGACGUAUUUUAGUUUUCCAGCUAUCGUAGCGCCAUACAAGUGUUCGGUGCUUCCUCUAAGCCAAAAUCAGGAGUUCAUGCCUUUCGUUAAGGAGCUGUCUGAAGCUUUAACCAGGAACGGGGUGUCGCACAAAGUAGACGACUCCUCCGGAUCCAUUGGGAGGCGCUAUGCCCGGACGGACGAAAUCGGCGUCGCCUUCGGCAUCACAAUAGACUUCGACACGGUGAACCGCACGCCGCACACGGCCACUCUCAGAGACCGCGACACGAUGCGACAGAUCAGGGCCGAGGUUUCUGAACUCCCAGGGAUCGUCCGAGACUUGUCAAACGGUUUCCUCACUUGGACGGAGGUGGAAAAGAAAUAUCCAGUGUUUGAAGGACAAGAGACCGGAAAGAAAGAGACGACGGAAGAGUGACGGGACAGCGCAACCACUUUUUACCGUUAAUAUUAAGCCUUUUAUCGAAUUGACAAUUAAGGGAACAGGUGUCGUACGAUGCUGCGGGGGGCGCCCUCUGAUACGGGCCCUACCAUUCCCAGUCUCUGUCAUUAAACAGUGUAUGAUGCUCA